UAUAAAAGGCUGCGUUAGCCAUAGCUAAGCUUUAGUUAUCGGUUGUCAGAAAAAAAUAGUCAAAUUAAAUUGGAUAAUUAGAAGAAUUAAGUACAAUGAAAGGAUCAUCGAUCUACUUUGUUGCAGCAAGUCUCUUCUUGAUCGUCCUUGGACUUCCAACCGAAACUGAAGCAAUCUACAACAACUUUUGUCGCCUAUUUCCCGAUGGAACAAAAUUCGCCAGUCCAAAAUCAUGUGACUCCUACGUAACCUGUACCAAUUCCACAGAAGUCACAACAAAAUGUUCCAAAAAUCAAAUAUUUAGUGUUGAAUCAAAAAAAUGUGUUACAUCAAAAACUGGUUGCCCUGAUCCAUGUGCACCUGAUAUUGAUAAUUAUUGGGUAGCUGAUCCAAAAUCAUGUAGUGGAUAUUAUUAUUGUCAAAAUGGAACUGGACUUCUUGGUAACUGUGCAUUGGGUCAACAUUUCAAUGAACUUGAUCAAGAAUGCAUUUAUUCGGAAAAAUCAAAAUGUAAAGGUGACAGCUACUGUCAAAUUGUUCCGAAUGGUAUUAUGUUUAAAGAUGAAAAAAAUUGUGAAAAAUAUCAAAUUUGUGAGAAAAGUAAACUUAAAUCGAAGAGUUGCCCGAAAGGACAGUGGUUCGAUCGAGAUACUGGCAAAUGUGCAGCUAAGGCAACUGUCAAAAGUUGUAAUAGUUUACCGCAAAAAGUUUGCGUAAGUGGUUGGAAAACUGAGAAAAAUAAGGCCGUUAAAGAUAAGGCCACUUGCAGGGGUUAUUAUUGGUGUGCGGAUAAGGGCAAGCAAGCUGAUGAAAAUCCUGAAUGGCAUCAAUGCAAAGAAGGAGAAUUUUUUAAUUAUAAAAAACAAUCUUGUAUGCAUCCGUUGAAUGUUGAUUGCGAAGAAGAUCGUUGUGAUGGACGUGGUAAUUUGUUUGUGAACAGCGAUACCAGUUGCCAACAUUAUUUGGUUUGCAAAGAUGGUAUGACAGUUGCUGAAAGGAAGUGCGCUGAUGAGAUGUUCUAUGAUGAAAAGAGACAAGCAUGUACAACAGAGGUUAUUGAAUAUGACAUUUGUACUUAGAAAUUGAAGAAAAAUAAAAAUUAAA